CGGGCGGUAACAGCAGCGACGCCGCACCACCGCGGCGCGGCGGCGACGGGUUUUACUUUUUUUGCGCCGUCCUCGCCCGGCCGGUUAAUACGGUUGCGACGAUCGACGAGCGCGGACCGUACACGACUGCGACCACGACGACGCACACGACGGCCGCUGCUACAGCAAACGAUAAUAACAAUACCAUCGUUGUUCGCGAAGACGAGACGAUGACCAACGUUUCGGAAAUAUUGUCCUACAACAAAUCGGCCCAGGAGGAUUUCUACGCGCUGUUGGGAUGCGACCAGACAUCCACGGUGAGCAUCACGUCUUGUCUAUAACAAUAGUUUAGUGUGUAACAACAGUAGUAUUAUUCCGCAGUGGCGGCUCGACAAACGGUGCGAAUAAGGCGCCGCCUCGUCAACAGCGAUAAUCGCUAGUUUAAUAUUAUAAUAAUAAAUGCCGACUUACAACAUAAUAUAGUACCUAUUAAUCGGUACCCAAAACCUUAAGUCCACAAACCGUACGCAGUUUCUCGUUUUCUGUUUCCUGUUCUUGUGUUUUUCAAAACAUUUGUCUCGUCGCUUACGAGCCGCCACUGAUUAUUUCGGUAUAUUCCAUCGUUGUCUUCGUAUACUAAUUGUAUUAAUAUUUUAAUGAUAGUUUAUAUAAUCGCGUCCGUGCGUAUAUAACCGAAGAGUAAACCAUAGAGAAGACACGGGACGAGUGUGUGGAAAGGGUGAGGGCUGCGCGGGAGGAACAGGGGACGCUAAGGAUUCGACUAUAAUUCGCCCGGGGAUUACGAUAUAACGAGCAAAACGACUUUUCCAAUUACUGCAGUCCAUUUGGAACACAAAGACGUGACGUUUGCGAUGUGGUUUGAAUCGAUGUAUUCGACUAUAAUAUCAAUAUUGAAUAGGACAGUGGGAAUUUUCUCUUAUUAUAAUACGAAAUUCAACGCAAAGUUUAUUUCUCCCGUGGUAAAAGUUUAUCGGGAACAAUGCGUUCCGAGUUUCCAAGAUUCGUGUAACUGGUACUUUUAUCCAUAGUCGUUGUUUGUUAAUUGGUUUCGUAUUUUAUACGACUCUAUGUGUUUUGGUUGGAUUUAGAUUAGUACUUAGCUAAAUAGUAAAUCAAUAAACAAUAAUAUCUUACCUGUAGGCUAAGUUGUAUGUAUUUGUUAGGUUCUGCUGUCAAAAAUCUACACUAGUUUGAUCCCGGAUUCCUGCAGGCGUAUUCGUCGUCUAAUACCAUAAUGUUCAUAACAAUUAUAAUAGUCUGAAAGUUUAGAAAAACAAAACACAAUAUUACCCAUCGAUCCAUCCUGUAAUACCUACCAGUUUUUAGAAGUUUUAAAAUUUACCCAAACAGAUAUUUACUUUAAAACGAGAAGUUCAGAAAAAUAAAACGUAAUGUCUUAAGGAUAAAAUGAUCGAAAAAAUCACUGGCAAAAUUGAUCCUAGGUCCUAAGUUUGUAAAAAUAUGUUUUAAAUCGCUAUUAAACGUUCGGACACAACAGCUAUUGCACUAUCAAAACCACUAGGGGCCUAUCUCUAAUGCAGCCUUUAAUUUCAACGGCGGUUUUACGGAAAAACUUACAAAAAUAAUUUAAAUUGAAAAUUGAUCUUUCUUUUCCUCUCGAUUAUACAAUUUGACACAAUUUACGAAUGUCAUACUCCCAGCUUGGUGAAAUCCUAAGUACGCUACUGGAUUCGAUAGAUUUUUUUUUUUUUUUCAAUCUGCCUCUAGUUACAUCGUAUUAUGCGUAAACAAGAAGACGGACAGCGGAUAAAAAAAAAAUAAACAAACAAACAAAUACAUAUUAUUAUAAUAAUAUAAGUAUACACUCGAUUUUAACACUCAUAUAUUAUAGGUGUCUAUUAUAAAUACUAAGCAAACAUAAUAAUAUUGACUGUUAUAAUAUUAUAUUAUCGUGUUUACACAUGCCUAGCUACCUGUUCUGUGGCGCGUGCGGACGUUCGGUUUAUUUAAUCGCCCGGCCACGGUAUUUAUAGGUAUCGUGUCGCUCGUAAAUAACAGUAAUAUUAUCGUGAUAAUAGAGUACAUCAUAUGUACGUGUGGAACUGCCGACGUAACGGAAAACGAAGAGAUAUUUCAGAUAUUUGGAUCCGCAAACACCGUAUAUAGUUAUAACGUAUUAUACCGUACCUAUGUACCCGGUAUAAUUUCAUUUUUUUUUUUUUUUUGUUAUAGAAACGGAGAACUGCUCAGGGUCACCGCAAACUAUACAUCCUAACAUUAUUGUUAUACGGGAGGGUUCAAGUAUAUAGCCUAUAUGUGUGUACAAGGGAAAAGCUUUUGUCCACAUGUCGUUUUUUUUUUACACACACGCGCACACAUCAAAGCGAAUGUCGUUUAUACGAGCGCGAGCACUAUUUCUAGGUAUAAAAUAUAUUAUUAUCCCGCGUAAUUAUUAUUAUAUUUUACUGGCAUAGUAUAUUACAGUCUACAAUAUAAUACGGGCACGGUUCAGUGGCGCAACGUACUGCAGAGACGAAUGGUGCGAGUACAUAUGACGCCGGGGAAAUUUGAAUAAUUUUUUUUUUAUCUACACUUUAAUAUGUAAAACAGUAAAAUCCGUAUGUGUUUGUUACGCGUUAAUCCCAUCAGCGACCUCGACAAAUGUUUUUUGACAGACCGUUUAUUGCAGAGGAAGGACACGGGCUACUGUUUACCUAUAGUACUGACAUUGCCAAGUCUUCCCCGUUUUAAAUGUCUGUUGGUCAUCUUAGAUUGUUCAUAAACGCACAAGGGCUCAUUUAGACGGAAGGAGCGCCAAUUUCAAAAAAAAAAAAAAAUGAACUCCUUUUAAUUAGUGACGAGAGAGUACUUAAUUCAGACACCAAAAUUACAAUUGAUCUACGUAAAAUCGGUACCAACAUUGAAAACCCGAUCUCUUAAGUAUAUUCGGAUGUGUGAUUGAGCACGAAGAUUAUCAUUAUAUGUGUAACUGCAAAAUUUUAGUCGCUAGAAACAAUAGUAUUGAUUCAAUUAUAAAAAAAACCUCACAAACCGAAGAUUUUCAACUGAUUUGCUAUUUAGUUUCAAAAGAAUACAAUUUCUCGGCAUGAUAUUAUUCGCAGCCUCUAUAAAUAAAGCACAGGGAUAAACUUUUAAACGUAUCGGAGUCGGCUCAAAAGAAGAUUGUCUUCCCCGUGGAUAUGUCACCUUAUCUAGAUUAGGUUGCGGAGAAACCCAGUAAAUAUCAAAAUAAGAAGAAAAAAAAACUGAAAAUCCGAUUUUCGCUGAAGUACUUUUCUUUAAACUAAUUGUUUAAAAUAUCCCGCAUUCGUAAAAAAAAUACUUAUGGACUCCCAGUUAUUUAUUAUUAUUUUUUUUUUUUUCAUUCAAUAUUGUGCAUGGGAAACGCCAUGUAGGACAGCCGGUUAUUACAGUUAGGUAUUUAUUAUUGUGUUUAUAGUUAUUCGAUUUUGUUUUUUUAACGGUGUUCGAGAUGUCAUCACUUGAUCGGUGGUACCCACAAAAAUGUCCGAUAAACUAUGUAGCGAUCUAGUGUAAUAAGCUACUGAGUAGCUGCUAUUUCCAAUACACACACACACACACUUGUUGCGCCACUGGAACCGUUUGAUUAAGCUUUUUGACAGCCGGUAUGAAAAAAAAAAUUAAUAUAUGAAUAUACAUACGUAUUUUUUUUAAAAAGUAUAAAUAAUAUUUCCUCCAACAUGACAAAAAAAAAAAAAAUAUAUAUAUAUAUAUAUAUAUAUCGGUAUACCUUUGUCGUGCAACUCGACUGAAAUAUUUAGAUAAAAAAAAAUAAUUAUUAUUCAUAUUCGUACAAGCACAACGUUUCAAACGUUUUUUUUUUUUUUUCAAUUAAUUUCCAUUAUCAUAUCGUAGCUGCUGCUGCUGCUAUUGUCCACAACGGCCAGCGGCUCUCUGCCAGAACUAAACAUAAUAAUAUACCUAUAUAUGGUGAAGUAGGAAAGUAUUGGUAUUACCAUACCUAUACAUAAUAUUCAAUAAUAUGUACAGUAUAUACCAUUAUAUAUACCCGUUCUCUAAAAAAUAUACGAUUUAUUUGACGCGACAGCCGUUUUUUGUUUAUUAAAAUGUUUUUUUUUUUUUUUUUUUUUAUGUCGUAUUUGAAUUUUUUCUUUUUGUAAUAUAUACGUAAUAUAACGUUAAGUAUACCUAUAUGUCCUAUAGUUUCUAUAGAGACUAGGUAUCUAUUAUAUAUUAUAAUAUAUUAUCAGUUAAUUAUGUUGCGGAAAAAUGGGAGUAUAAACAAAUUUGUUUUUAAUAAAUACUUGCCUUAUAUAUUUAUUUUUUCUUAACUGCGGAAGAUGAUGUUUCGAAAAAACUUCCAAGGUUAUAUUAUAUUAUAGGUCAGCUAUGAUUAGACUAAAAAAAAUAAUACUUCGUAAGGUCAAAUCGUAUUAUUUCUCACUGACAAAAUGUUUGACAUGGAGAUUUCAACAUUUAUGUUCUGUAUACCUAAAACAUUCGAAAAAUUACUUUCACCAAUUAAUGACGUUCCGAAUUCGAUAUUAUAAAAUAUAAAUAGUUGUAUUAUUUAAACUUCUGCAACAAUGUACAAUUAAUCAAUACAAAUACUAAAACUUAUUAUAAUAAAAACUAUACUACCUUCUACUAAAAAAUUUAAGCUUAAACGGUUUUUAAUAUAUUUUGUUUUACUAUUUUUUAGAUUUUGAACGAAGGUUCUUUGAUGUGUUUUUUUUCCUCGGUGUAUGAACAACUUUUCUACCUAAAAUUUUGCUCCAAUAAAAAAUGACAAGAACGCAUUUUUACAAUAUUUUGUAGUAUCUAGUUGGUACAUUUAAAAGGUCAUUUUUGUAGUAUAACUCCACGUAUUUGGAAAAAUCGGAAAACUCCGCAUAAAAAAAAGACGGACAUACUUUGCACGUGAGUGCAACCACUGUUGUAGGUGGGAAGUUGAGAAGGUAGGAUAGAGAUGGGAAUUUAAUAUAUAUCUGUGAGCAACGAUAAGCUAAUAAAAAAACGAUUCAGAGCGAAGUUCAGUUGAUAGUGCUGCUUUGUCAACAAUAUAUUAUGGUAAAAUGAUUACAACGAUGUUCUAUCUCGUGCCCUGCGUUACCUGCGCUAAUUUGUAUUAUUAUUACAUUACCUAUAUUCAUUUUUUGGUUUUGGCUAUGUCAGAAUUGAAUGAAAACAAAUAGGUUGAAAGUGGAUAGUCCACCUUCGGCGAAAUAAAUGUGUUUUAUUGUGAAACUUUAAUAGGGUAAAUAUUAGUAAUAAUAAAAAUGUAAUAGUUUUCUUUCCCGUGACAGUAAAAUUAUCAUCCAUAAUCAACAAAAAUAAACAAAUAAACAAUUAGAUAUCCAAUCAAAUAUAAAAAAACCUCUGUUUUACCCCUAUAUGAGUUGAAUUUUCAAAAAUCCUUUCUUAGCGAAUGCCUACGUCAUAAUAACUAUUUGUGUGCCCAAUGUCAGUCUAGUCCGUCCAGUGGUUUGGGCUAGGCGAUGAUGAAUCAGUUAGUCAGUCAGUCAAGACAUGUUAUUUUACAUGUCAUAUAAUGGUAAAAUGGUUACAACAAUGUGCUUUUCCAUGACAACAAUGAUAGUUUAAAAAAAAUUAAAAUAAUAAAAACUUAAUAAUAACAAUAAAAAUAAAUAAAAACGUUUGACAAUGACAACCUUAUUUUUAAUCUUUCAAUCUUUUUAAUUAAAGUGUUCCUGGUUAUCUCGAAAAUUAAUGAAAAUUACAAAAAAUGACCUUUGUAAAGUACCACCCAGAAAAUAUUUCCUUUCAGAAAAUACUACAUAAUCAAAGUAAGUUGUCUGGUAGAAAAGUGUUCACAUAUAAAAAAAUAAUAAUAAAAUGAAUAUCAUUGUAAAACCAAUACAUUUGUCGCUCUGCUCAGAAUAUAAAACAGAUAAAUUUACUGCGUUAAAUUAAAAAUUUCAUUAUUUUCGAUUUUAGUUUUUAUCAAAAAUCUUAUUCGGAAAUUCGAAAUGUAUAGAGUGGCAUGUUUUCUGAAAGAAAAUUUUGUUUAAUUGAUUUAUAAGAAUAAGGUCAUUUUUUUUAUUUUUAAAUUAGUAAAUAUAAUGAUUGAAGUAAAUCGGAAAAAUGUAUAGGAAAAACAAAUAAAUUUACGACAUUAAGGUUCAUUAUUUUUAAAAAAUAAUCGUAAGACUGGAAAUUAUCAUAGAAUAUCAAUAACGGUUCUUUUUUAGACGUGAUAUAGUUUUGAAUACAUUGAGUACAGUGUUCAGUUAUUUCUAGACAUCUAACAUUUUGAAUUUUUUUAGUUUUAAUGUGGUUUUAUAUAGGAAAUGUUUUUUUUUUUUUUAUCUGAACAGAAAUAUUAACAAACGUUAUUCGAGUUUCAUCAUAAGCUGUACUUAGUGUUCAAAAAUAAAAAUCGAGCGUAACAAAAUUGUUUUUUUUUAAUACGUCUUUUAAGUUCAAAUUUUAAUGAAAACAAUAAAUAUCACUCAGGAUUUCGUGUAAUAUUUUUCAAUUAAAGUAAAUAUUAUUAUUCUUUAUCGGCAGUACUAUUGCUCUUUUGUUAUUUUAAGACGCUGCACAUAAGACAAUAUUUGGUUUUCUUGUACAUAUUAUUGUUUUAGAUUCUGAACUGAAUCUUCGAUUUCUUGUCUGUUCUUGUACUGUAAGAACCAUUUGUUCGUAUUAUUUUGUUUAGUGGAAUUUAGAUAAAGUACACGGUGAAUUUACCUUUUUUUCUACUUAGAAUAAACUCGUACUUAAAAGCGUUUAAUAAAAACCCCGGAAUCGUGUUUACACCGGCUGAUUAGUGUAAAUAUAUGUACUUAUGGAAAAAAAAAAAAAAAAGAAAAAAGGAUUAUUUCCAACAGUCUUACUGUUUUGCAAAAUGCACUAAAUCUACGCGGAACAUUCCGUCGUAUUAAUAAUGUUGUUAUAAUUACGGCGGUGUUCCGUCGUAAUUACAUAACGAUGCAAUUUAUUUGUUCUCGAUAUUAUUAGGUAGGUAAUGUCGUUACACAAUGCUACAACAGAAGUCAUUUACAAAUUACACGGCAUGCAUAAGUGUUUGUUACUGCAGUAGUAAUUUAAUAUAUUCCGAGAGUAGAGACAAAUUAAGGAAAGAUUACGUAAUAUCGUGUUAUGUGCGCGACGACGACUGUAUAAUAAUUGUAUUAUUUAUAAUUUGUAUUAUAAUACGGUCUUCAAACAAUAUUCAAUAUUCAAAAUAAUGGAAUAAUACCGCGGGUACCAAUACCUACGGGCCGUAUUAACAAUAAUACAUUACCGCCUUCACACGGCGUCUAUAGUGCGCGUUAACCAAAUUACCGUUUAGUUAAUAGGUAUUGCAUUUUAUAAAAAAAAAAAAAAAAAAUGCACGUUUAAUACAGACAUUGUCUCCGUGCGUUUUCAAAAAUAUAUUCGAUUUUUCGUGUCCGAUUUACUCCGACUCCGGUAUUAAGAGAACGCACGUUAACGAUAAGUGGAUUGAUAUUUUUAACAAGAAUCGAAUAUCAAAUUAUACUUAGGUGUAUACAAUUGUAAUAUGUUAAACGUAUAAUUUAUAUUAUAUUUUUUUUCUUUUUUUUUUUCUUUUUUUUUAGUUGAUACGUGGUUAAUUCUGAUAUUCGUGUUGUAUACAAACAUCCGCACAGUAAUUCACAUUAACUAAGGUUAUUUACUGCGUAUUAGCGACUGCGUAACAUGAACGUGGUAUUAUUUAGUGGUACGAUACUAAAUUGAAAAUUCGUAUUCUCGGGGCAUCAUCGUCGGAAAAAAUAAUAAUAUUGUGAUAUAAUUAUUCAAUGUGAAAUAUUCAGAUUUUAAUCAUACGACGCCAAAUAGUGACUGCAACAACAGUAACAGCAGUAAAUAAUCAUAUAAGUGUAAAUAAUAAAUGAGCGCAAAUCGUAAUGCGCGCGCGAGAAAUUCAUUUUGAUCGAAUAACGCACACAGUUUAUUAAUAUUUUUUUAAUAUUUCAUUUCUUUUUAAACACUUUUGACAGUUUGGGUUUUUUUCUCCUGCGUUUGUCCGUAUACAUAAAAAAAAAAAAAAAAAAAAGGAAGAAUUAAUAAGUAUUUUUUUUUUUUACAAAUCGUAAAACUCGAUUAUUAUAAUAAUAUUAUUAUUUAAACACCAAAGAAUAUUAUAAUUUAAUCGCAAUAAUAAAACAUCAUAAUAAAUCAUAAUCAAAUAGCGAUGAAAGUUAUCGACGACGCGAUGACGUUCGAAAUUCUUAAAUAGCUCGAAACGAAAUAAUAAUAUUUAAAAAUUAAUACUCAAUUCCAAAUGAUGACAAAUGAACCGUGUUAAAUUCACCCCUAGAAUAUUUGAAGGUGGGGUAAAUGCAAUAAUUACGAGACAGUAUAUAAAUCUUCAUAUUAUACAUGUCGACACCCAUUUAGGAAUUAUAUUGAUAUGAGAAAGAAAAUACGAUGUGCCUACUUAAUUUCGUCUAUAAUAUACUUAUCACUGAUAGAAGUGUAAUUAUUCACAAUUUUGUAUGACGUAUUCCCAUAUAAUAUGUAUUAUACGUCAUAAAUAUAAUAGGCAGAUAUAUUUUAUAUAUUUUCUAUAAGACACUAUAAGAACAGUAUAGAUAAGGAAGUAAUUUUUGUUUAUCGGUUGAUUUUACGACAAAUUGCAUCAAAACUCAAUAUUCAAUUUCAGACGAAAUUCUUAAGCUAUGACUAUUAUUAUAUCACGAGUAUUACUCGAUAGAUUAAAAUUCAAAAAUUGAUAUUAUCAUAUUUACUCUCUAUCACUGCAGCUAUAUAAAUAUGUUUUUGGUUUUUUGAAUGAAAUGAUGUCAAAAUGUUAUAAAAUGAAUGCACGGAUACGUAAAUGUAUAAUACCCGAAACACUUGUUGCUCAUUCAUUAAACGCGUGCGUUUAGUAUGUGUUCUAUUCAAAAACUGUUUGGCUUUCCUACAUAUGUAUAUAAUAUAGUCUUUUCAUCAUUCAGUCAACAAUCCAUAUCUAUUCAAAACUAUUUAUAAAAUAUCGCAGGCGUACAAUAAUAACUUGCAUGAUUUUAUGUGCGUAUAUGCAUAAUGCCUUUUUCCAAAUCUUUACAGUGAAAUUUAACUAUAGUGCAAACGGCCCGUUUUAAAAUAAACGAAGGCAAAUAAUUAUAGUGUUGGGAGAACACUAUACUCCCGCAUCUACUGUCACAGUUUAACUGACGAGCAACAUAGCAAAAUUAUCUUACUUCGAACAUAAAUUGCGGCGUUUAGAUUGAAAUUGGAAUUCAAACACAAAUAAUACAAUUUAAAUAGGAUAAUAUUUUCGACAGUUGAACGCACGUAGCUUUUUUCUUAAAAAUUGUUACACAAUAAAGUUAUAAUCCAUUAUAGAUGUUGUUAUUGUUUUUUUUUUUUUAAAAAAGAAUCGUCACUUAUUUAUAUGACAAUUUAAAAAAACAACAAGUUCAGACCUCAAAAUAUUAUCCUCUUUAAAUUUUUUUUUGUGUAAAUUUGUGUUUAAAUUUCUACUUCGACCUAAACGCCUCAAUUUAUGUUCCAAUUAGCGUAAUGUCGCUAUAUUUCGUGUUAGUGGACCCGGUAUUUACGAGUGUAGUUUCCUCAUAUUAUUAACUCUUGUUAUCAAACGUAUUUGUCCGACAUUCUAUAUUAAAUACGACUCUAUAUCAAAUGACAAUAGUACGGCGGGAAGUUUGCAAAAAGAGAAGGUGGGAAUUAAGCUGUAUAAAAGGUUAAGAGGUAAUAUUCAAAUUGAGUUAUUUGAUUAUUAUUUAGCCGUGUAUUCGAGCUUCCCCCAUACACUAGAAAAAAAUAAAUAAAACUACAUAAUUUCUAGAUUAAACAAAUAUAAUAUCCGUAUACCGGUCGGUCAUUCUCAUAUGCAGUUUAUAUUACUAUUUGUAUAUAGGUAUAUAAUUAUAAUGUAAAACAUUAAAUCAUUAUGUUGAACAUGUAUAUAGGUGGAACAAAUAAGCACGGAAUAUAAACUGAGAGCUCUCAAGUAUCAUCCGGACAAAAACGACGGUGACAAGCAGGCCGAGGAAAUAUUUCAAAAACUCAAUGUAAGAGACUUAUACACCUCUAUGUAGUUACACUCGUAAUGGUUACAAAAAUACAAUUAUAAUUUUUGUUGUUUCGGUCAUCCCAGGAAGCCAAAGAUACGUUGUGCGAUCCGGAAAAACGUGCAACGUACGAUAAAUGGAAGAACAGCGGCGUGGCCGUCAGCUACAAGACUUGGCUGAGCAAUAAAGAACACUUUCAUCAGGUAUAUAUUCGCGUAUUAAAUUGAUAAAAGUAUUUCACCAGUUACGACACGUAUAAAAUCUCGCCCGAGUAUACUGAUGAUGAAUUAUAUAUUGUCGUACGUAAUAGGCCAGUUGUAGUGUUAGAGAUUUAUAUCUAAUGCCCCGAAAACCCUUUUAAAUUAGCAAAAUUACUUUAAUAUGUACUUAAAAAAAAUCCUCGAAACGUUUAAAUUAUUUAAUAACAUCAAAAUUAAAAUUAUAAUACUCAUAAAAUUAUGUUCAACCAUGUGAUAUAUAACUGUAGUUAAGAUAAUCUCAAGUAUACCAUUACAAUUAUUGAUCGGUUCACAAUUGGCCUACACUGUAAUAAUCUCAUCGGACAACAUUUUAAAUUACGAAAUAUGUUUUUAUGUAAUAAUUUAACAUUAUAAUGAAAUUUCAAUACCAUAUAAAUAAAAUAAUAAAACAUUUUAUUGUUUGAGUUAAGAUAUCUAAGAUGUAUUUUCUCAGAAACACUUUUUCGAUUAGUAAAAAUGCUCCGAUUUUUUUCAUGUCGUAAAUGAAUAAAUGCAGAAUUUUUGUUCGACAGUCAUUUAUUUGAAAAAUAAUAUCGAUCCCAAUGAUUUUUUAAAACAAUUUCAAACACUAACAACAAAUGAUGAUAAAUAAAGGUUUUAUUUUUGUUGAUUUCUGGAUUACGUUGGCUACGAAAAAAAAUAGCCGAUACUGGGAAGGGGUGCAGUAACGUUUUAGGUGGGAAUUUAGGAAGAUAGGAUUCAUAAAGUUAAUUAAUUUAUAUCUAUGCACAACGAUAAACCAUUGUUAACGAAAAACGAUUCGGAGCCAAAUUCGGUAGGACAUAUUUUGAAAUGCGUUAAUUUUUACGAUUUUCAUUGAAAAUACAUUAUUCCAUAAAUAUUAACAAAAAAAGAACAGAAAUCAAAUUUACUUGAAAUUUAUCAAGAGUGAAAGUCGAGUCGUGAUAAUUGGACCACUCUGUAUACUGGUAAACAAAAUCGAUUCGGUUAACAUGUGAUAAUCCUACGGCACGUAUUUUUAGUUAAAAAUAAUAAAUCGAACGAUGGUUAUAGGUACCUAUAUAAUAUAAUGUAUUGUUAUAUUGUCCAUACUUGUUUUUUCGUUCACUAUAAUCGCGGAUAAAUCCGCAUGUAUUUUUACGCCACGAUUUUUAACCCCCGGUGCGCUUGACAUAAUAUACGUAUGUUGUUUAAUUUCCGUAGCAUAGUCAUUUUCGAUUUGCAUUAUAUAUUUUAAUUUGUACAUACAGAGGAUCCUACAGUGUUAUCCAAUUACUAAAUUAUUAACACUUAAAUGUAUACCAUACUUACAUAUUCGAUCAAUCGUUUCUUAGAAAUAACCAUUUAAAUUUUUAGAAAAUUUGUGUGAAAACGAUUAAUUUUCAAUAGAAUAACACGUUACGCGAUAAGGAAUCACAAACAGCACGGUAAUUCCUUAUCUUCUAUACAUUAAAGCCGCUAUAACUAAGAAACUAUUGAUCGAAUAUGUAAGUAUGGUGCAUUAAAAUGUUUAGAAAAAUAUAUUUUACAAAUUGGCUAUUUUUAAAGUAUUAAUCGGGUACACAAAACCCGAUUAAAAAAAAAAAUAAUAAUUCUAAUUGUAUUUGUCGGGCUUGCAUAAAAAAAAAAAAAAAAAAAAAACCAUAUUUAUUAUUAACUAUAUUCUACGUUGUCCAAUUAUUAAUAUUACACUCCACAGCCGUUUAAUUUCUUUCUUUUCGACGUUAUAAUAUAAAAAACUACCGUGGCGUAGUUAUGAUUUUGUUCUGAGGAGGGGGAGAUAGAUACAUUUUUUAGUAAACGUAGAGAAGGUUCGCAUAUUUUUAAUAUACUACCGAACACAGUUAUAUAAUAUAUUAUAACAUAAACCUCCAGACUCUUUUUCAAGCAUAUACAAUUCAUAAAAGAAAAUAUCUAUUAAGCACUAAAAACAAAAAAAAAAAACCAUAUUUAUUAUUAACUAUAUUAUUAUUAGUACUAUUAUUUACUGGUUGUCCUGCAUCCAGCGUUGCCCUUGCCAAUUAUUAUUUUACCCAUAUUAGUUUUUGGUUUUGACCGUGUCAAAAUUAAAUGAAAACUAAUAGGUGGAAAGUGGGUAGCCCACCUUUGGCGGACUAAAUGUGGUCUAUUGUGAAAUUUUAAUAGCAUAAAUAAUAGUAAUAACAAUAAUUAUAAUAGUUUUCUUUUCCAUGGCAACCAAAUUGUCAUCCGUAACACCAAGGUAACCCUUGAGUAAACAAAAAUUACUAAAUAAGUCAUUAAAUAUUCGUACCGAAUAUACCUAAAAAAACCUAUUUUACCCCUUUAGGAGUUGAAUUUUCAAAAAUCCUUUCUUAAGGAUUGUCUAUGUCAUAAUAGCUAUCUGUGUGCGAAAUUAAAAAUCAUUUAGGUGAGAAAAAUUUUGAGAAAAUCGAAAAAUGUCAUCCAGUCACAAACUUUGAUUUUUAGAGUGGUGUUAUACUUGUAAAUUCAUUGAAAUCUCUUAAAUUUCUUAAAGACGUUUUCACUCUUUUUAGAGUGGAAAACAUACAAUUUUGAUUUUAUAAUGGCAAUCCAUAUUGAAAAUACCUUAAAUAGAUAGAGUUAACAUUUUCGGUUUCCAUCAAUCAGUUCACGAGAUAUUUCACUUUUAAGUUUUGGUAGGGGGAGAGUAUUGGAACACUAUUAAAACGCCACGCCCCGCAUCACCACAUAAACGAUGCUCUGUUAAUUUCUCUUACUCAAACUUAAAAGUGGAAAAUCUCGUGAAUGAGUUGAUGGAAAUCAAACAUUUCAAUAUGAAAAUUAAAAAAAAAAUCCGAAAAAGUUAAUGUUUCCAGAAGUGUUUCCAGUUGAGUGAUUCACUCUGUGCAUUAUACAAUUUUUUCGACAAUAUUAUACAAUUUGUACUUAAUACAAAAUAUGCACAUAUAUUUCUGUAUAACAAAUUUUAAUUUCAUUGUCUUUAUAGUCUAUGCACUGGGCACAGAUGAACACCAAAGAUCGAAUGUUACCGGAAGGCGCUGUUGGCGAAGGAUCUUCUUCAUCAGUGGCGUCCAGGAGGGCGUCCGAAGGUGGUGCAAAUUUGGGAGCGAACAACAUAAAAUGGGACACCAAGUCUAAUGCGGACAUCAUCAAUAAGUUUCGAAACUACGAAAUAUAAUCAUACUCUGGCCGAUUUCGCAGAAAAUUAUAAAAAGAAACAUUCCUUCGUUAAAAAAAAAAAAACUCUAAAUAUGAUUUAUCAUAAUACAACUCGUAUCUAAACGUACUUACCAAAUCUUAUAAUAUAUUCCUUAAAUCUCAAGUCCUGAGAAUUGUCAACGUGAUAUAAUAAAUAACAUAUAAUUAUAAUAACCAGUUAUACUUGACAACUCGAAAUUACAAUCAUUCCAUUAAGCUUACUUUUAUAAAGGGUAAAAAAAAACGAAACGUUUUAGGGUAAAAUCGAACGAUUUCUUUUUUUGUCUUUUAAUUGCUUCUCAGAUCUUUGGUGUGUACCUUCGAAUUUAUCAAAUUUCAAUACAAUAUUAUUAGAAUAUUGUCUAGUAGGUGUUUCAGAAUAUUAUAAGUUAUAUAAUAUUUUCUAGUCAUUAAAAAGUAUACAACUAUAUUAUACCUAAAGUUCAUUUUUAAAACGAGUUUAUGUAUGUUUAGUUAAAGUAGGUAAUAUAAUAAUAAUUAUUAGUUUGUACCAUUUAAAAAUUAAAAUAAUAUUAAUAAUUUAGUUUGACGUGUAGGUACUUAACUAUCCCGAAUAAGUAGACCGCGACUUAUUAUUGAGACGUUUUUUAAAAAUUUGAUGUGUUUAUUAAAUUUCUCAAUCGAAAUUAAACGAAUAUCUAUAUCGCGUUGCCUAAUAUCACCUAAUUUAUUAUACGCUGUACUUAUAAGCUGUUUGAUUAUUUACAAUAUUGUCAUAUAAUAUAUACCUGUACUAGACAGUUGUCAAAAUAGCACUUUGAAACUGAUAUUUCAUUGUUUUUCUCGAAUUUGUAAAAAUAAAAACAUACAAUAUUAUACACCUUAA